AUGAGUACAGAUGUGCACGUACAACAGCGUCGCAGGGAGCGAGGGGCCGACAGCCAAGAAUGCCAGAAUGAGACGCGCAGCGCCGCAGCAGAGCCGACCACCCAAGAGCCACGGUCAAAGGGGGUGACGCGGAGGACGCGACACAUUCCUCCGGACAGCAAGGGGCACGAGCCAGCAGAGUCCGCCCUCACAAACCGAAAUGGGCAAGCCGACACGAGGAAAAAAGAAAAAUCGAAAACCAGUGCAAGGAUUAUAGGGGGGACAGACCCAGGUAACUCACGAAAUGGAGAGACGCAUGGACUGACAGCAAAGGCUUGGAGCGCCAGGGACCACCAGAGAUCCAGAGAGAGCCCAGGAGGACCGCGGACAAACAAGCAGCAGGGAAACAGCAGGCCAGGCAAAGAAGCCACGAGGACCAGGUAAGUGGAGGAAUGGCGACCGGAAGUAGCGACAAGCGAAUCGCUAAAAUGAGGUACGGGACGGAGGAAGGUGAGUAGGGAGGUUUAAGUAGUGUAACAUGCCCCUCCCACAACUGCAGGCCAAGCCUUUGCAUUUGUUCUGGCUGAAACUAUUCCCAGGGAGUCAGAGUGAGAGAGAUCAUGGUAAGGAGGUGAUCUAUAUUGCACCUGCUCAGUCAUUCAGCCACUGA